GCUGGCCUCCCCGGCCCCCUCCCUUCCCCCCGCCCCAGACCUGGACCCUGACCCGGACCCAGACCCCGACCAGCACCACACCAAAGAGGAGCAGUAUGUGAGCGAGGGGGAGCCUCAGCUUGACACACAACCGGCACCCGACUGCAGGGACGCCGAGACCAUCACAGAUGUGUGCAACAGUACUGACCUGCCGGAGUUUGAGAUCAUCAGUCUUCUAGAGGAGCAGUUGCCGGUGUAUCGGUUGCGGGCUGACACCGUUUACGGCUACGACAACGAUGACUGGCUGCACACGCCCCUCGUUGCUCCGGACACAAGGUUUGAUCUGACCACCGAGCAGAUCGAAGAGACCCUCAAAUACUUCUUGCUAUGUGCGGACAGAGUGGGCCAGAUGACUAAGACCUACAAUGACAUCGAUGCAGUCACACGUCUGUUGGAGGAGAAAGAGAGAGAUUUGGAGUUGGCUGCAAGAAUCGGCCAGUCUCUUCUUAAGAAGAACAGAAUUCUGACUGAGCAGAACGACUAUCUGGAGGAACGAGUGGGACAAAUCACAGAGGAGGUGGCCCAGCUGCACCAUGAGCUGAACUUGAAGGAUGAACUUCUGCAGUUUUACACCAACGCAGCUGAGAGUGAGGAUGAGUCCAGCAGCUCCCCAAUGGGCAAGAAAAGUAAAAAUGAAAGUGCUGCAGGAGCCUUUUUCAGUGACACUCUUCACAGAAAACUCAAAGAUCUGGAAGAGGAGAACCUGUCGCUCCGCUCAGAGGCUCACCACCUGAAGUCAGAGACUGAAAUAUAUGAGGAGAAGGAGCAGCAGCUUGUCAACGACUGUGUGAAAGAACUCAGGUUGUCUAGUCUUCAAAUCUCUACCAUAGCCGAGGAACUAGCUCGAAAAACUGAGGAUGCAUCCCGUCAGCAGGAAGAGAUCACCCACCUCCUGUCCCAGAUAGUAGAUCUGCAAAAGAAAGCCAAAUCUUUUGCAGUAGAAAACGAGGAGCUUUCUCAACACCUGCUGGCAGCUAAAGAUGCCCAAAGGCAGCUUACAGAAGAGCUCCAAGAGCUGGAGGAGAAGUAUAUUGAAUGCAUAGAGAUGCUGCAUGAAGCCCAGGAGGAGCUGAAGAACCUGAGGAACAGAAACUACCCUGCAGGAACGCCUCGACGCUUCCAUCCUCUGGGGCUUUACCCAAUGGAUUCUCUGGCAGCUGAGAUUGAGGGAACAAUGAGGAAGGAGUUGAGUCUGGAUGACCCCGAGUGCGAGGAGCAGAAAAGCCAUAGGAAGCGAGUUUUUGAGACCGUAAAGACCGUCAACCAAACAGUCCGUCAACGCUCUCUGACUCCAACCAACUCCAACAUCCCUGGCUCCAAUCAGUCUCUGUCUACUCGUACGUCCCCCCUGUCCAGCGGCCUCUCCACCCCUCAUUCCAACAUCUAUGGAUGUGACAUCAGCGGGGACAGUGUUGCCCUUGACAACAGAACGCAGAGCAUGCUGAUGGAGACGGCAUCCAACCAGGACAACACAGAGAGCCGAGACAAGAAGGUCACUGGACCUGAGGACCUGCGGCUGGCCCUGCGCCGCCUGUCUCUGCGUCGCCAGAACAACUUGAGCGAGAGGCGCUUCUUUGAAGAGGAGAGGGAUCGUAGACGGGGAGGACAUGGAGGUCUACAUGAUGCCAUGGGCCAUGAGAGUGUCAUGACGCCCUCAGAAAGCAUCAUGUCCCUAGGGAACAUCCAUGUUUGGGCCUCACGUGGGCCCUACCUCCCUGACAAACUCCAGAUCGUCAAACCACUUGAAGGCUCUGCCACUCUGCAUCACUGGCAGCAGUUAGCGCAGCCUCACCUCGGUGUCAUUCUGGAUGCCCGGCCCGGAGUUGUGCCGAAGGGCUACAGACCCCUCGAACUAGAGUUGGAACAGGUUUAUCCAUGGGGGGGCUUAGAGGAGGAUGAACCAGGGGAGCAAUACUUCCAGAAUCUACCCACCUCCUCUGCGACAGCCUCACCAGCCGUGGUACCCACAUCCAGCACCAGUGACCCUAACCUCGGGCAGCCUCUGCCCAGCCUCGCUCCACCUUCUCCACCCUCUCCAUCACCAUCACCACAUCUCAGCAACACUGACGUCGUUGCUGCAUACUACCCAGGAAAAUCCAUGGCCCACACCAGCUCUACCUACACCUUCACAACCUGUCGGAUCCUCCAUCCAACUGACGAGCUGACGCGGGUCACACCAAGUCUUAACCCAGUUGCAUCGUCGUCCUCCUGUGUGAUGACCAGCACUCUGUUGGUCACUCCAGCUGCUACACCCUGCACACCCCGCAGGCUCAGUCUCAGGCCCUCUGAAUCCUCAACCAACCUCAGAGAUGCAACACGCACCACCAGCAUCCUGGGGUUAGUGCGCCUCCUCCAGGAGAGAGGGAUUUCAGCAGCAAUGUAUCACCAGAGCCUGAGUCUGGAGUAUGGCCAAGGCAAUGGAGGGGUCUUACUUAGCACCUCCAUUGCCCCCAACAGACCACCAAACCCUGACCCUCUGCGCCCCUCUACACCUCCCAACUCCCCUACAGGAGAGGGAGCUUCAGCCGCACCAACCCAGGCAGGAUUUGACUUCAAGAGCCCAUCCUAUGACAACUUCCUGGCCUCCAAACCCGCCCGUUCGAUUCUCAAGGAAGUGACAGGCAGGAUGAGGGGCAGGCAGAGAGGAAGGGACUGUGAAAGCCAGACGGACGUAAGCGUGACCAUCCACAACCUCAACUUGCUGGACAAGGUGAAGCGGUUGGGUGUAGCUGGAGGUCCAGGAGGGAGAGCAGUGAGUCCCAGCCCCAUCCUGGGGCCCUUGGGCGGGCUUCGUAGAUCCGGCUCCCCUUUUGGGCCUGAUGGAAUGAGGAGGAACCGGAGUUAUCCAGCCAUGGUUGGUGCCAGCAUGGCAAUGAAAGCCCCAGCACCCCAGGAGUAGUCAGGACUACUGCUGGCCAUUUAGCCAAGUAGAAUCCAGGCAGGGCCAAGAGAGAUCAGACUGACGCUGUUCAUACUGUACAUCUGACAACAACAUGUCACACUACUGACCAGCUUUUAAUGUGGUUCCAAACAGACACCAUCCACUAUUUAGUGCUUUAACGUGGUGAAUCAUUCUUGAAUUACAAGCAAAAUAGUGAGUUCAACUAAAAUACGAAACCUUUCUUGGUAUGUAGCAUUGAGAUAGUUUGGUUUUAUGUUCCCAUAUUUUGAGAUAUGAAAUUGAUUAACUAAACUUAGUAAAAUUACAUUAAAAAAAAAAAAAAAAGGUAAAUCCUAGCCUUUCUCUGUCCAAGCAAAUAAAAUAAAAGUUAUACAAUUUAUCAAUCAAACAUUAUUGAUAUACACCUUUCAGAGAAAUUCAAAUUUUUAAAACUUGCAGAGUAACAGCAAAUCCACUGAAACACAAAUUCCUCUUGUUGUUAUAAGUAUACAUAAUAUACUUAUAUAUAAUAUAUAGAACAUUGUAGUGAGCUUAAGCGGUGGUCUUUGGUAGAUUUUUUUUAAGGGUGGUCAGAGCAAGGCUAGCUGUAAACCAUGUCUAACUUAAUGCUUAGGUAAGUUAAUUUCAGUUAUCAUGCUCCUCCCCCCGAUAAAACCAAAAUGUUCAAAGCCUUUGAUUUCAGGGGCAAUAGGCAAAUCAUGGCCAUCUAUGAUAACAACUAAGAAGACUAAGAAGCUAAGAAGUUGUACAUGUUGAAAAUAUAUCAACAAAACCAUCACUUUUUGGUAAAUAGUCAUUGUGAACCUGUUAGCAAGCUGAUGUUAGGAUUUAGCUUCACCACUUGUAGAGCGGUCAUCAACGUUUUUGUCAGUUUCAGCACAGAUAUCAUGAAAUGUGGGCGCAUAAAACCAAUUAAAUUAUUUUCAUUUUAUUUGGGGGGGGGGGCUUGAAUUACCCAUUGCUUAUUGAAAAUUCAGUCUGGUAAAAGAUCCAGAAAAAAUGAUCCCACUGCUGUACACUCACAUCCCUGCUUUGGAGACUGACUCUGCUGGCUAGAUGUAGUACUCCCACUCUUGUCUUUUUGGAAACACAUCCAUAAAAUCCCCCACACACCCGGAAAUACACUGACAUACUCUGUUUAAUCUGCCACUGCUCUAGUUGGCCAUUUGUAAUCACUGUAGCACUUAAUAAUGCCUUUAUUGUGCUCUAUUAUUGAAUAAACAAAGAACCUCUUUUGUGAAAAAAAAGAAAGAAAAAAAAAACACCAAGUAUAUUAAAACAUGCCAUCCUUGUCCUCACUCUCUUCCCUCAGUACAAUCCCUGACUAAAUCAAUUACUUCUGAAGUGAUAAGCUGUGAUAAGUCACUUUCAACAAAUCAUUGAAAGAUUUUAUGUCAAUAUUAAGUUACUCGGUCAGUUUAGAAUUGGCCAUUAGAUAAGGAAGUUGAUGAGGCUUCCGGUGAACUGGACGGAUCAAUACACUGAAGCCACAGCUCACAGAGAGGGAGGAGAGACGGAUGAGUCAUGAGAUUGUUGCUAAUCAGUUGUCAUGGUCAGAAGCUUUCAGAGAAAUGAAGCAAUAUAGUGCCUCGACCAUCUGUGUUUGAAGAUUUACUUCCUUCAUGUUAAUGGUUUAGGGCGUGAAGAGCUGUCGGAGCCUUUUUUUGCACUGUCAUUUAUUUAUUUUUAAAAAUCCUAUGAAUUUAACGCAUAAAACGAUGUCAUACAUGUGUUCACUGUAUACACAGGUCAUUUUCACAAAAAUCGUCAUUAAUGACAUGCUUCAAAAGGAAUCGUUAUGUGUAGUGCAUAACCAAGAACAGCAUUACUGUAAGUGUUGGGAAAAGCAUCUGUUGAAGGCUUUUUCAAAUAAACAAUACAUUAAACUGUU